AUGGCCGAGGGCGCAGACGCGCCCGGGGGCUCGUGGCUGCCCCUCGAGUCCAACCCCGAGGUGCUCAACCCUUUCUGCAAGCGCCUGGGCCUGGAAGACGGUUGGGGCUUCUGCGACGUGUUCGGGCUGGACCCAGAAUUGCUGUGCAUGGUUCCUCAGCCGUGCGCCGCGCUGUGCCUGCUCUUCCCGAGCGAGAAGAUCAGUCGUCCUCGCCGCGAAGACUUGCGUUCCAGGAGAGCGAAGAUGGACUCUCCCGAGCCCGGCUUGUUCUUCCUGCAGCAGCACGACGGAAUUGGCAAUGCCUGCGGGACAAUCGCGGCGGUGCACGCUAUCUCCAACGGCGCAGUGUCUGGGAUGUUCUCGCUGAAGGACGGUAGCCCGCUGUCGCAGUUCCUCGCCAAGGCGGCGCCUCUCAGCGCGCCAGAGCGGGGCACCGUCUUGGCCAACUCGAAGGAUUUGCAGGAGAUGUCCGACACCACAGCUGCAGCUGGCGAAACAGAAGGCGCGGGCACCGACGACGCGAACGAUUCUCACUUCAUCACGUUCUUGCCUUUCAAGGGGAAGCUGUAUGAGCUGGACGGCCGCACCUUUGGCGAGGACGGCGUGGCCUUCCCGGUCGUCCACUGCGAUACCACGCCCGACACCUGGGUGAUGGAUGCAGCGAGGUUGCCUCAUGCCCCUUCUACUUCGCAGUACAAUCGUGCCCGCUUGCAUUUGGAAGUUGUGCUUCCAUUCACUUGCAGAGUCUUCUUUGCGAUACGUUGCAUGUGA